AUUAUUAUUAUCAUCCUCUAUAUUUUUUUUGCCCCAAAAUCAGAACACCAAAACCGAAGUACCACCAAAACCAAAACCAAAACCAAAACAAAAUGCAUGUUUGGUAGUGAUUUGCUAACCGAAACCUAAGAGAGAAGAUUCUGUUGGAAGGUUGUUUAAAAUCAGUGCCCGCUGCUGAAUCCAUUGUUUUUCUCGUUUGUUCCUCUCCUUGGAGAACUCGAUCACUACCACCAUUUCCAUAAACCUUAGAUUUCAGUUACCAACAACCAACCCAAGUGUUGAUUUUUUCACAAAAACAUACUCUUUUUUUGCCAGAUCUUGCUUCCUCCUAUUUGGGCUAUUCCAGUUCCAAGGCUUGCCUUCUUAUAGCAAUUCCUCUUUGCUUCUUGUAUGGAGGAUGUGUGCCACUUGCUAGCUAGUGAAGAAUAGUUGCGUGUAAUUAUCUGAACAUACAAUCAGAACAGCUUGGAUAUAAUGGGGAUCAGUAAUCGCAGUUCUCCCAAUAGAAAACCAAGUGAAACUAUGAGGCUUAUUGUGACAACUUUUGUUGGAAUAGUUUUUGGCUUUUUUGUAGGAGUAUCAUUUCCAGCAUUGACUACAAAGUUGAAUCUCCCAUCUAGCCUGCUUCCCUCCAUCGAUGUUUCUUUCAUUCAAGAGAAAUAUGCAGGGGGCAAUGCGCCAUCUCUUAUGAAGAAAAAUAAAAGCAUCUCAUCACAGUAUCAGCGAUUAAAUGAUACAUUGAAGAUAUGGGUUCCAUCAAAUCCAAGAGGUGCAGAAAGGUUACCUCCUGCGAUUAUUGAAGCUGAGUCAGACUUCUAUUUGCGUAGAUUGUGGGGUCAGCCAAGUGAGGAUUUAACCUCAAAGCCAAAGUACCUUGUCACCUUCACUGUUGGUUAUGAUCAGAAAAAUAAUAUUGAUGCAAAUGUGAAAAAGUUUUCAGAGGACUUUACCAUACUUCUAUUUCAUUAUGAUGGACGAACAACUGAAUGGGAUGAGUUUGAGUGGUCAAAGCGUGCCAUUCAUGUGAGUGUUCGCAAACAGACCAAAUGGUGGUAUGCCAAGCGAUUUCUGCAUCCUGACAUUGUGGCACCAUAUGACUAUAUCUUUAUAUGGGAUGAAGACCUGAGUGUAGAACAUUUUAAUGCUGAGCAAUACCUAAAACUGGUGAAGAAGCAUGGAUUGGAGAUUUCACAACCUGGUUUGGAACCUAAUAAGGGGUUGACAUGGCAAAUGACAAAGAGAAGAGGUGAUCGUGAAGUUCACAAAGAAACAGAGGAGAAACCUGGAUGGUGCAGUGAUCCCCAUCUGCCUCCUUGUGCAGCGUUUGUUGAGAUCAUGGCUCCAGUGUUUUCACGAGAUGCGUGGCGUUGUGUUUGGCAUAUGAUUCAGAAUGACUUGGUCCAUGGGUGGGGUCUUGAUUUCGCUCUUAGGAAAUGUGUUGAGCCUGCCCAUGAGAAGAUUGGAGUUGUUGAUUCUCAGUGGAUUGUUCAUCAAAGUGUUCCCUCUCUAGGGAAUCAGGGAGAAUCACAAUCUGGUAAAGCACCAUGGCAGGGGGUGAGGGAGAGGUGUAGAAAGGAGUGGACAAUGUUUCAGAGUCGAUUGGCUAAUGCAGAAGACGCAUAUUAUAAGGCCGUUGGAAUUGAUAUGUUUAAUUCGAGUACCCCUUGAAAGUUGUCUUGUACACACACCCAUCUUCACCGUUGAGCUUUAAUUUUCACAUGCUAUAUAAUUUUUGUACUCAUUCCACAUGUAUUUUUUUUUUCUUUUAUUUUUUAUAUGUUUGGAACACUAGUUACUUACACGAGUCCUAGCUAAGGACAAAACAACAGUUCCAUGUGGAAUUCCAGCGCUGAAGGCUAGAAUAUUAGAUGAAGGUAAAUAUAACUAAUGGCGUAACUCGUGUAUUUCAUCCCCUUUGUGACAGACUCAGACUCGAUUUAUCUUUAUAUAUUACGUUUG